AUGAGGGGCCAGUUCAUUACCCUUUAUCAUGUAAAAACAAUAAGCUUUCCAGAAAGAUUCAAUCAAUUAUCAACUGUCUUGAGGAGUAACUAAAUUUUAGCACUGGUGUCUGAUCUCGAGAUAAAAAAUCACAAAAAUGAACAUUUAUCAAAUAAAUAACCGAUCUUGAGAGACUAUAGUCGAAAAGAAAUAGUUAAAAAAUCAAGACAUCUAAAUAGAUUUGAGAUUCUUAAAUAAAUUCGCUAAAAUGGAAACAUUUUCUAAAUACCUGACAAAUUAAUAAGCAUGACCUUUGAUGAUUAUAAGAAAAAGUAUACAAACGAUUUCGUCUUAAUUCCAUAAAAUGAUAAUAUUCAAUAUCUCUUGAUAGAUUCUUAUCUUAGGCUAGAAAAUCCAACCCAAGACAUGUUGAAAUCUAUAAGAGAGAAAAUGGUAUAAUUAAACCAGAAUAUUAGACAUUAAGAGAGGGUAGCUAAGAAUCCAAGUUAUUUUCCAUUAGUAUCUGUUGUUAUGGCAAGUCAUGACAGAGACUACUUCUUCUUAGAAGCAGUUAGGAGUGUUUUCUAAUUAACAUAUACCAACUGGGAAUUGCUAAUUGUUGAUGAUGCUUCACAAAAUCCAUUAACUUAUAGCAUUCUACAUCUAUUAGAAUGGCAUCCAAAGAUAAGAGUUUCUUAUUUAGAUACGAACUGGUACUGCAGUUUUACUAAUAAUUUUGCUCUUGCUUAACUUAAAGGUGAUUUUUUUGCACUCCUUGAUGAUGAUGAUAUUAUGGUAGAAGACAGACUAGAGAGAUAGUUGUCUUAUAUGCAAAAUUAUCCUGAACUCGACCUGAUUGGAGCUAAUGGUUUGUUUUACAAUGAAAUUGGCAAUUAUCUUUACGGUUUGUCUAGUGACUAUUUGAAUCAUUGGGAUGUAAAAAUUUCACUAGCUGUGUAAUGCCAUUUUACUCAUAGUACUCUGAUGGUGAGAAUGAACAAAAAGAUGAAAGAACAUUUCUAUUAUGUACACAGCAGCGGACCAGACUAUAGAACUUGGUUUAAACUUCUCUUUGAUCUUGAGCAUGAAAAUAUAAAGAUGGGUAUUUUACCUGGUUAUGCAAUAGCUCUAAGAGAACAUGGCAAAAGAAUGUCUUAUGCAGAUUAUUUUUCUAGUAUUCAUAUAGGAAAUUGGAUCCCUGCUAAGUAAUCGGAAGCAUACUUAAAGCUAAGCCCUAAAAUAUAUGACAUGAUAAGCUCAGAAUGCUUUUCCAGUGUUUAUUUUCAUUUAACUAGAAGAUAUAUGCCUAUUAGAUCAUGUGAUGGCUUCGAUAUUGAAAAGAUUACAAAUGCUAUACUAGAACAUCAAUAAUCUAAAUCAUACUACUCAUAAGCAGAUAUUAAAGAAUUGAAUAGUACUCUCUAAAAGUAUAAACAAGUUUACAACUAAGCAUAAGUGGAAAACUAAAUAACUAUUGUGCCUAAGAAAAAAAUCCAUGCCUGUAUUUUCUACCAUUAAAAUGAUGAGAGAGUACUUUAGUAAAUUGAAUCAUUAAAAGAUAUCGUGGAAGAAUUUAUCAUUAUUUCUAUUCCUGAUGAAUAGAAUUUUGAUGUCCAGGAGAAUUUAUUGAUGCCAAAUCAGUAAUUAAAUUUGAGAGAAUGA